GGAAGUGACGCAGGACCCUUCGCAGAGCCGGAGUCAGACUGUAGGACUGGCUUAGGCCCCACGUGCUCCCGGGACCCGCUGGCCGGAGUCCCCGGCUGCCCCGGGCCCCGGGGACUUUAGCGGCACCCUCGGCCUUCCUCCCGAGAGGAGCCAUGUCUGGUAACGGAGACGCGGCAGCGACGGCGGAAGAAAACAGUCCAAAGAUGAGAAUAAUUCGUGUGGGUACCCGCAAGAGCCAGCUGGCUCGCAUACAGACGGACAGUGUGGUGGCAAUGCUGAAAGCCUUAUACCCUGGCCUGCAGUUUGAAAUCAUUGCUAUGUCCACUACAGGGGACAAGAUUCUUGAUACUGCACUCUCUAAGAUUGGAGAGAAGAGCCUGUUUACCAAGGAGCUGGAAUAUGCCCUGGAGAAUAAUGAGGUGGACAUAGUUGUUCACUCCUUGAAGGACCUACCCACUGUGCUUCCUCCUAACUUCACCAUUGGAGCCAUCUGCAAGCGGGAGAAUCCCUAUGAUGCUGUCGUCUUUCACCCAAAAUUUGUUGGGAAGACCCUAGAAACCUUGCCAGAAAAAAGUGUGGUGGGAACCAGCUCCCUGCGGAGAGUGGCCCAGCUGCAGAGAAAGUUCCCACAUUUGGAAUUCAGGAGUAUUCGGGGAAAUCUCAACACCCGGCUUCGGAAGCUGGAUGAGCAGCAGGAGUUCAGUGCCAUCAUCCUGGCUACAGCUGGCCUGCAGCGCAUGGGCUGGCAGAACCGAGUAGGGCAGAUCCUGCGCCCUGAGGAAUGCAUGUAUGCUGUGGGCCAGGGGGCCCUGGGCGUGGAAGUCCGAGCCAAGGACCAGGAUAUUUUGGAUCUGGUGGGUGUGUUGCACGAUCCUGAGACUCUGCUUCGCUGCAUCGCUGAAAGGGCCUUCCUGAGGCAUCUGGAAGGAGGCUGCAGUGUGCCAGUAGCAGUGCAUACAUCUAUGAAGGAUGGACAACUAUACCUAACUGGAGGAGUCUGGAGUCUGGAUGGCUCAGAUAGCAUGCAAGAGACCAUGCAGGCUACCAUCCAUGUCUCUGCCCAGCAUGAAGAUGGCCCUGAGGAUGAUCCACAGCUAGUAGGCAUUACUGCCCGGAACAUUCCACGAGGAGCCCAGUUGGCUGCUGAGAACCUGGGUAUCAGCCUGGCCAACUUGUUGCUUAACAAAGGAGCCAAGAACAUCCUGGACAUCGCACGGCAGCUUAAUGAUGCCUGCUAACUGCUCUGUGGGGCACAGGUGCCUGAGUUGCCACUGUCCAGUGCCGACUUCCUGGCCCUCAGUGCUCCAUUCCUUACUGCUAACUGGGAAUUGAUUACCCCAGGAGAUUGAACUGCAGGGGCUGAGAUUUCCAGGGACUUGCCUCACCUUGGAGCCUUGGUGACUGCCUCGAUAGGUGGGGGCUUCAGCUUUUUAGAGAAAGUCAAAGCCACAGCCUUUGAAUGUAACCAACUAAUAAUAAACCGACUCUGAAGGUG